GGAACUGGUCAUGUUUAGAGAAGCCACGUCUCUGGCUGUUUGUUUGUUUUAUCUCUGCUCUUGUUACCUUACUUUUUUAUACGAAACAAUUACAACAAUGAAGAAAAUAAAUAUAACAUGUGAAUCGUUAUGUAUAAAGAGAUAAAACUUGUAGACUAUUAAACCACAUGUUAUAUAAAAAUGUGUGAUAAAAUAGGCGUAUACUAAAACCGAACUGAUGGGUAAAUUUCGCGUGUCUUUAGGAAAAUUCCAUUUCGAUGUUUUAAUUAGAGGUUGAGUCUUUUACGUCCGUGUGUUUUAUAAGGAGUUUUUUCGGAUAGUUCAUACAGGAGAGGUAAACUUGUUUGAUGUGUGUGGCUAACCUUUCACUGUUGGAAAACACAACAUUAGACCAUAGUCGUGUGACGGUAUUUUGCACAGUCGUGUGUCAGUAUAAUCAAUCAUAGGUACAAAGUUUUCUCUAAAGGCUGUUUAUACAGGCCCUUGUGGAUACAGCCCUUGUGGAUACAGCCCUUGUGGAUACAGCCCUUGUGGAUACAGCCCUUGUGGAUACAGCACUGUCUUGGAUACAGUCUGUCUUGGAUACAGUCUGUCUUGGAUACAGCACGUGUGGAUACAGCACUUGUGGAUACCUCCCUGUGUUGGAUACAGCACUUGUGGAUACAUAACUUGUGGAUACAUAACUUGUGGAUUAGGUUAGGUUGUCUAGCGUAAAGACCCUGGACGGUACUUUUGUAGUGCACUGUGUUGGACAGUACUGGACUAGCUGCCAUCUUGAAGGUCAAGUUCUGACCUUUGGCGUGAGCAGGGGUAGGCACUAAUGUAGAGGAUUGUGGAAACAUCGAUUGUGCCGUAGUAGAGUUUAGAAACAUUGAUUGUACUGAAGAGGAUUGUAGAAACAUUGAUUGUCCUGUUCUACAGAAAUUUUUUACUGCGUGGAUUUUCCGCUCUGAUCUACCCCAACAUAAACAUUAUUUAUUUCAAUUUCGCCUGGAGAGAUCGGUUUAGAUUAGGCAGGAUGACGAAACAGGAUAUGACGUCAUUAUUUAUACUUGUUCUUUUCACCUGCAUCAGUGUCCGACCCAGCUGCGGUCAAAUCGACAAGUCUGCCGGCUGGGACAACAUCAAGUUCCUGGAGGAAGCGCUCCAGACCUACAACCUCAUCUUCCACAGGUACGACGCCAAGAUCAGACCUCCGCGCUCGUUCGUGGAGAUCAACGCCAAGUACAGCCUCACUCACAUCCGCUCGUUCGACCUCAGGAGACAAGAGUUACAGAUGGUGCUAGACAUUGAGUUGAGCUGGACUGACGGCCGACUGGUGUGGUACCAGGAUAGAGUUGACCGUAUCAUGAGCUUGACCAACAGUGUCUGGACACCGGACAUUGUCUACACAAACGCAGUGCUGCCGACUAGAUCGAUGUUCCACAACCACGUCAUGAUUUACAGCAGCGGUAAAGUUGUCCUGACGCAAAAAGAGGAAGUGACGACAUUCUGCGCCACAAACCUGGACGCAAUCAACCAAGAGUGUCAAAUCUCGAUUGGUUUUUUGAGCAACAGUCAAGGCAAUCAAAGAGAUCGAUUUUUUUCAGAGAGCGCCAGCUUCAACAUCUCAGAUUCCUUCAGUAACCAAGAAUGGGAUCUCCAGAACGUCACAGUGGAUCGUGUGGUGAAAAACGAGACAGGAAAAAUCUCAAACAUCAACAUCUAUUUAACACUGGAGAAGAAAUUGGACAAGAUGGACACGACUUCAGUGGAGGCAAGCGAGAGCGGAUCCACGGCAUGUUUAGGCGCUGAUGACGACACAAAACCAGCGGACCGUAACCGCGCAGGUCACGUGGUCAGUCAGACAGCCGCCAUUUUGAUGUGUCUCUGGCUGUCUAUGACGUAUGUCGGCAGAUAACUCUUGAGAGUUGUUUGUCUUGUUGAUGCGAGAUGUGUAAGAUACAAGUGAUGAUGAAUUAUUUUUUUUUUAAACUUUUAAUUUGUUUACGUCAUUUUUUGUGCUUGAUAUGAAAGCAUGUGAUAUGUGUACGUUAAAUGGUGGUAUUUCAUUUUGGGUGUGGUUAAGUUCAAAUAGUUAGACAGUAGCAUUUGCUUGGUUAGAUCACCCUCAGAAAUUUGGCAGUGUUUAUUCUAUGGUUAGAGUUAAAUGUUAGCUUAGAGUUUAUACUGUGGGUUCUGGACAAUAUGGACGUCCACACGUUACAUUUAACUUCAUGCUGUCUUUUCUUAAAUAACAGACGCAAGGUUUGUGUUACGUCUCAUCUGCUCAAGAAGUUCAUUCAUUUUAAAGCAGAGCUGGUAAUUAUAUGGUCAACGAGUAAUUAAGUCUUCGUAUCGCUACUUGUAAAGCGUGGACCUAUGGGGUGAGCAUGCUUUAAAGGUGAAGUAGAGGUCUCAUAAAGGUGAAGUAGAGGUCUUAUACAGGUGAAGUAGAGGUCUUAACAUUUUCGUGGACGACGGGGGCGACCUCUGGUUAAAGUAUAUUAUAAAUUACAACUUAUUUUUC